UCAUCCGCGGUUAGCGCUGGCGCAACUUGGGCAGCCCGCGCUAUAAAAGAGCCCGCGUUGGUCGAUCGCACAUUUCACUCUGCUGCUGCUUUGAGAAAAUCUUCGACUCAGAAAACAACUACGACUAAACCAUGUCCUCGGACGACUUUGAUGUUCUCAAGACCCUGUGGACCCAAGUGAACAACGUAUGCGUUCCGCCACCACCGCCUGGUCAGUCUGCGAAGGCAUUCUUCUUGAUGGAGAUGCCUGGGUUCUCGGUGGAUCCCAACGCCUUCGAUCCGUCCAAGUUCAAACCUGGGAUUAUGAUGAGUCCGGACUGUGCGACUGCAUCUCUGUGCGAUCGCGUCCCUGCACUCGCUCAGUACUUCUACGACACGGGGAAUCACAUUUCGUUCUUCUGGGAUCUGCUACUGGAGACCUUUACUGUCGAGGGAGAUUUCGACAAGAAAAACGCCGAUGUCGAGGCUCGCUACCAGAGGGCGAUCGAAAUGCUUUAUGGCAGUAAAGAGGGCUACAUAAAGCAAGAGAAAACGCCCUUGUAUCAGGGCAUGUCAAAGUUGCGCGACGAAUGGAAACGAGCCGAAAGGAACAAGGAAAGUUUCAAGAAAAAAUGCAUGGAGGAUGAAGAAAAUUGGCCGGGAAACUACGAGAAGGGCGCUGCUCCGUUCGUUGAUGCGGUGGAGCAAGCGUACACUGAGUACAACAACCUGAGUCUCCAAAUAGAUAAGUACGAAUCUGCCAUCUUCGCCUACGCAAUGGGCGACCUCAACACCGUUUUACUUGACCAGGAAAUCAAGAUGGCGCGGCACCGGCGAGACGACGCUGGAAAUACCGGGGCCACGUUCUACCAGGUCACUCUCCAACCAGGCAACUGGUACAAGUGGUUUGGCAGUGGGGGUGAUGAAGACCCCGCUAAAGAAGACCCAGAAGAUCCCUCUGUGAAGGAUACUGAUGAAGAUCCCAACACCGGAUGGACUGUGAUCAAUAUCACUCAGUCACGUUUGAGUGAGAAUACCGAAGACUCCUUCAGCAAGAUGUCGUUUGAAGCAGGGGAUCGUACGGAGGGCUGGUGAGUGUGUCUGGUGGCUACAGCAACGAAGAGGGGAGCAGCAGUCUGGCAGUGAGCGGGUCAAACCUCAAAAUCUCGUUCAAAAUCCGGAAAGUGACCAUCCAGCGUCCGUGGAUGGAUCCUGCCAUUCUCCAUUAUCCCAUCGUUGGCAUCAAGGGUCUACCAUCUGGUGCAUGGUCGUCUGGGGAACUGGAUGGCAAGACCAACCAUGGCUCCUUCCCACUCCUCCCAACAGCUAUGAUAGUGGCCAAGGAUGUUGUCAUCACCUCCGACAAAUUUUCAGAGUCUCUUAAACAAAGUUUCAGUAAGACGUCUGUUCAUGCUUCUGUGAAGGUGGGCAUUGGUCCAUUUAGUGCUCAAGGGAAUUUUGGGUACUCCAACGGCUCAAAGAGUUCUAACUCUGACAUAUCUAGUGAUGGAAAAUCAAUUCACAUUCAUGGAGCUCAGAUCAUUGGCUGGGUCUGUGUGGUAAACCCAUACUUCCCUCAUGUUGAUUGCAAAUUGACACCAAAGAAGUAGAUGGUUUCCAGUUGAACAAAUAACUGACUCUGAAAACAUUUUAGCCAUUAGCUAUAUAUUAGCUGGAACAAUGAUAGAGACUUAGUAGAAUAUUAGUGAAUUUCAUACAUGAUGGUUAGAAAUAAUGUUUUCGUAGCUAGACUAUUAUAUUUCAGAGAAAAUUCGAACGUAUACGUAUAGUGGCAGGAAAUAAAACU